AUGUCACCCAAUAUAGAUGAUGAACUUCAAAUUAAUUCAUACGAAUUUCUAGAUUCAAACGAUUCUGUUGUUAUAAAUUUUUAUGCACAUGGAGCUUUUGAACAAAGAGAUAUCGAGGUUCUUAUCGAUCCUGAUCUUCUUGAGAUUUCUACACCAGCUGAUGAAAAAUGGAAAUUUCAAUUAUAUGCACAUGUUUAUGCUACUACACCUGAAAUGAAAGCUCAGAUAAAUGAAAAUAGAACACAAACAACAAUUGAGUUACGUUUAUUUAAACAAACACCUAUAACAUGGCCACAACUUUAUAGUCUACAAUCAACCCCAAUUACACCACAACGAAAUGAUUUGAAUAAAGAUAUGAAUGAUCAAGAAAAACAUUCAUCUAUUGAACAACAAGAACCUUAUGUAUUAUCAAUAAAAAAAUUAAAAACUGAGUUUUUAGAACUAACGCAUAAUACAGCUAUAUCAAAUAUUUGUAUAAAAGAAGUAUAUAAUUGUCAAGUACAAUUUAAUGAAACUAAUUUUACGGCUAUAUUUUGUACAAAUGAUGAACAAUUUCUUCAAUGUCAUUCAAUACCAUUGAAAAUGCCAAUUAAAUUAUUUGUUCGUGUUAAACAACGUAUUAAACCUGCUCAAUGUUCUUAUUCAGUUACAUCAACACAUAUUACAAUUAAUCUUAUUAAGGAAAAUGAAAAUGGUAUUCGAUGGUAUCAACUUGAACCAAAUGAAUAUUGUGAGCCUGGUUCAAUGAUACAAUCAUCAUCAGUACCACCACAUCGACUAUCAGCAAUGAAUCCAAUGUCUACAAUAAAUAAUACAAAUCCAGAUUAUUCUUCAGUAUCACUUCUAUCAAACAAUCGAAUGUCAGAUAAAUAUUCUACUCGAUCAUCAUUUAAUGUCAAAGAUAUAACACAUAUGCCAAGUAUAUCAUCACCAUCAUCAAUUGGUUAUACUGGUAUAUAUAAUCCAGCUAAUUCAUGUUUUAUGAAUGCUGCUAUACAAUGUUUAUCAAAUACACGUGAAUUACGAGAUUAUUUUUUACAAUCAUAUUAUACUAUUGAAUUAAAUCGAGUAAAUCCACUUGGUAUGAAAGGUGCAAUGGCUGAAGAAUUUGGUAGAAUAAUUAAAGAAUUAUGGGCAGGAAAAUAUAAUUAUAUAAUUGCAAAUCAAAUACGAGAUUAUGCAGCUAAGAGACAUCAAGAAUUUGUUGGUAAUGGACAACAUGAUGCACAAGAAUUAUUAACAAUUUUACUUGAUGCUAUUCAUGAAGAUCUUAAUCGAGUACUUAAUAAACCUCUAGUACCACCAAUAGAAGCUGAUAAUCGAUCUGAUGAUAUUAUUGCUGAUGAAUAUUGGCGUGGUUAUCUAAGCCGUAAUAAUUCUAUAAUUGUUCAAUUAUUUACUGGACAAUUUAAAUCGAAAACUAAAUGUCCACAGUGUCAUAAAGAAUCGGUUACAUUUGAUCCAUUUACAUCAGUAUCUGUACCAUUACCAAAACAUAUUUGUGUUGAUACAAUUAUUACAUUUCGAAAUGAGGACAAACCACCAAUUAAAUAUCGUUUUGUAAUGUCAUCAGAUGCUUCAAUAGCAGAAUUGAAACGUCGUCUAUCAAAUAAAUGUGAUUUACAAGUUGAUAAAAUGUUAGCAUAUAAAAUUCAAAAUAAUCGUUCUAUAGAAUAUCUUAAAGAUGAAGAUCGAGUUACAGGAAGUACUUAUUCAUGGAGUAAUUCUGAUACAACUUAUAUAACUGAAACAUUAACAAGUGCUGAAUGUAAUAAUGAAAAAAUUAUUCAUUUAACAUUUUUUCAACGUAUAUUUAAAUUACAUGAUUAUAUAUUAUCAUGUGGUUAUUGUCAAACAUUACCACAACCUAAUAGUUCACCGUUAUUUUGUAAAAAUUGUUAUAGAAUAUCGUAUUGUGAUGGAAAAUGUCAAAAAUUGCAUGCUACGGAACAUAAAGGUUCUUGUGAGUCUCGUUCAGAAGAUAAUUAUGGAAAUAUUGGCCUUCCAUUUAUUAUUUCAUUACCAGAAUCGAAAUUAACAUGUGAAAAUGUAUUUCAACAAAUAAAUAUUUAUGCUAAACGAAGUGUAGAUAUUCAUAUCGACCCUUCGAAACGAACUCGACGAUCAUUUGAUGAUUUUAAUCGAGAUUAUAGUGAUGUUGAUGAUGAUGAUGAAGAAGAUAGCUUUAGUGAUAUUGAAGAGAUGGAUCCAGCAAUAAUCAAAAGUACACUUUCAUCAUCUGAUUCAUGGUCUAUAGUUCGUAUAGGUGAUUAUUUUGUUAAAUCAAAUAAAAAUAAACGACGUUCUAAUCAACAAAAUGAUAGUAAAGAAAAAAUACUUAAAAGUACAUCAACAAAUAAUAAUGAUGACGAACAAGAAUCAAUGAUUACAAAUGGUGAAAGUGUUAGUAGUAAAAGUAGUAGUAUGGAAGAUUUUGAUAUGCUUGAUGAUAUAUAUGGUAAUCAACGAUUAUUUCGUAUAAUGCCUCAAACAACAAAUACGGAGAAUAAUAAUAAUAAUAAUUUUCAAUCAAUUAUUGAAUGUGGUACUGAUAGUGAUAAUAUUUUACGUUGUCAUACAACAUUUUCAAUUGAUUGGUUUACAGAUAAUACAUUUGAAGCAUCAUUACAUGUUACACCAUCAAGAAAUCGUAAUGGACUUAAUGAUCUUAUCGAAGAUAAUAGUGUUUCAAAUUCAUUUGCUGAAGAUCAAGAUGUAACACUUCAACAAUGUCUUCAAUUAUUUAUUGAACCUGAAGUCUUAGGUCCAGAUGAUAAAUGGUAUUGUCCAAAUUGUAAAGAACAUAUUCAAGCUGAAAAAAAAAUAUCUAUUUGGCGUUUACCACCAAUAUUAAUUAUACAUCUUAAACGAUUUAAAUAUAGUCAUUCUUCAUCAUUUGGUUAUAUGUCUAGUUCAAGAGAAAAAAUUGAUACAACUAUUAAAUUUCCAAUUCAUGAUCUUAAUAUGACACCAUAUUGUUCAUCAAUAACUGAAGAAAAUCAACAAGAUGAUAAUUCAUUUCAAUCUCGUUAUGAUCUCUAUGGAAUAAUAAAUCAUCGUGGUUCAGCAUGGUUUGGACAUUAUACAUCUUAUGCAAGACUUUUAGCUUUGAAUGAUUCAGCAAAAACUGAAAUUGGUUGGCGUCAUUUUGAUGAUCAAUUUGUUUCAUCACUUCCAAAUGUUAAAGAUCUUGUUCGAUCUGAUGCUUAUGUUCUCUUCUAUCGUCAUCGUAAUUUAUCAGUUAAUUUUGCGUUACAAGAACAAUUACAACAUACUCUAUUAGAAUCAAAAUUAACAACUAUGUGA